CCUCUCUUAAAACCUUUUGUCCCAACAAAACAAAAACUCUUAUAACGACCAAAAAACAGAACACAACAAAAGAUCCAACGAUGUCAAGUUCGGUCCGAAAGAACAUGGAGCGGAUUAAAGGUCCAUGGAGUCCAGAAGAAGACGAACUAUUACAGAGUCUGGUGCAGAAGCACGGUCCAAGAAACUGGUCUUUGAUCAGCAAAUCUAUCCCUGGACGCUCCGGCAAAUCUUGCCGUCUCCGGUGGUGUAACCAGCUAUCUCCGGAGGUUGAGCACCGUGCCUUUUCGCCGGAAGAAGACGAGACGAUUGUUCGAGCGCACGCUCGUUUAGGUAACAAGUGGGCAACGAUCUCUCGUCUCCUCAGUGGAAGAACCGACAACGCAAUCAAGAACCAUUGGAACUCGACGCUAAAGCGAAAAUGCAGCGCAGUUACAUCUGAUGGGCAUGACGGUAAUUUUGGAGAAGAGCAACCGUUGAAGCGUACGGCGAGUGGUGGUGGUGUGUCUACUGAGUUGUAUAUGAGCCCCAGAAGUCCUUCUGGAUCUGACGUCAGCGAGCAAUCUGGUGGUGGUCCACACGUGUUUAGAUCUGGUGCUGUGAAUGAGAUGACGGCGUCAUCGUCCGGUGAAGAUCCGCCGACGUAUCUAAGUUUGUCUCCCCCUUGGAAUAACCGUUGUGAGACGGAAACGGUUAGAGUCAAUGAGUCAACUCAACUAAACGAGGAUACGGUUAUUGACGGUGGUUACACGGCGGAGCUAUUUCCAGUUAGAAAGGAAGAGGUAGAAGAAGGGCAAGGGAUAUCAGGAUUUGGUGGUGAGUUCAUGACGGUGGUGCAGGAGAUGAUUAGGACGGAGGUGAGGAGUUACAUGGCGGAUUUACAGCGUGGGAACAUCGGCGGCGGCGGUGGUUCGUGUAUGCCGCAAAGCGUAAACAACCGUCGUGUCGGGUUUAGAGAGUUUAUAGUGAACCAAAUAGGUAUUGGGAAGAUCGAGUAGAGUGAUGAUGACUCAUAAGUGAGUCAUGUAUAGAGCCAAGGCAGCAAUGGUUAGAGAGGCGGAAGCAAAUCAAAAAUGUUUUGUAAUCAUAUGAUCUCUCGUAAUUUAAAAAUUAAAAGGAAGCAAGAUCAUACAUAUUACAUACA